AUGUAGAAAUAAUAAAGUUUAAAUUUAUUUUUAUAGCUUCACAAAAUAAUGGUGCUCUUUUAUCAUCUGCUAGAAAUAAUGCUUUUAUUGUUGCAACUCUUAAAAAUUGUCCUUUAAGAGUAUAACAACUCUACAAGUUGGAUAUGGUACUGUAAAUCUAAAUGGGUAGGUUAUUGUAGAAUUUUUUAUAAGCUUAUGAAAUCAAUAGUGUUAGGUUUUGAAUAUAUGACAAUGAUGCCAGAAUUACUGAUAUACAAAUUUUUGUAGUUGGAUCAGAUAGAACAUCAGAAACUAAGAUAUUUGAUUGCCUUGUAUACUCUAGAGUAAGCACUGUUAAAUUUACUGAUUAAUUGA